GUGAAAGUAAAGUGAGUGACAGAAGAAGGCCAGUGAGAGCGGGACGUCGAGCAGUGAGGAUGGUAUUUACCGGUCACGGUUUACUUGGAGAACAUGUUUUAAGUCUCCACAGAGCUGCCAGAUGGAUCUGGGAUCCCCUUUAUUCUCUGUCUGCCUCAUUAUUAUGAUCUGUCUGCUCGGAGCUGCUCACGCAGUUGAAAUCAGUUGUCCGUGUGCAGAAAUUCCUAAAAAGCUUGGAACUGAACCGCCACCAGAGAACUGCUUCAAAAUCAGUUUUCGCUAUACGUGCAAAGGAGGUUUCGUGAGGAAGGCGGGAACUUCAAAUUUAAUCAGAUGCAAGCAAAAAGAUGGUACUCCCCAGUGGUUACCGUACAAUAUCACCCUCCAGUGUAUACCUGACCCAAAUAUAACCCCAACACAACCACCAGAAAUCAGACCAGUAACACAGGGUCACACUGAUAUUCCCCAUCACUUCACCUUUACCACCACAGUCAUCAAAACCAGUUGUCCGUGUCCAAAAAUUCCUUCAUGGCCUGAAACUAAAACGCCACCAGAGAAAUGCUCCAAAAUUAACGCCACUUUUCGCUACGAGUGCAAAGAAGGUUAUGUGAGGACGGUGGGAACUUCAAAUCUCAUCAAAUGCAACGAAACUGGUGGUCCACAUUGGUCCUCCCCCAGCCUCAAGUGUAAACUUGACCCAAACAGAACCCCAACACAACCACCAAACAGCCCAGUAACACAGGGUCACACUGAUAUUCCCCAUGGUUCCACCUUAACCACAACAGUCACAGCAGCUUCGUCCAGCCUACAGACGACCCAGACUAUAAGCCUCUCAGCCUCAGCCUCAGUGACUGCAGAGACAGAGACAGAGACAGAGACAGACAGGACUGAGACAACCUCACCUGGUCUGCGGCCCCUGUCAGGUCUCUCACAGGAAAAAGUAAAUUUGACGGAGAACAACGCGACGCAGCGGACAGCAUCAAACUCUAUCACCACUGAGCCUUCAAACCCCAACACAGAUUUUUAUGCCCAGCCCAUUGCCCGCACGGUGAUCGGCUGUGCUUCACUGAUUAUCGUCUGUGCUUUGAUCGGAAUCACCUUCUUCUGUUAUAGAAGGACGUCAAAAAGCGCCAACCCAACGCCGACACCGACACCUGAAGAACAGACGCCCAUGAAUUGUGGUCCAUCUGAACAUGACUUGUAGAGUUUGACCUGCCACUGAAAAGCAGAGACAGAUCCUUACUGGAGCUCAUGAGAUCAUCCCAAUGCAGCGAAGAACGGGUUAUUAUUAGACUGUUUGAUCGCCUCCGUCUGACAACCCAUCUAUGGGCAUUACCAGAAAGCAUAAUGGUCUUGCUUGAUGUGACAUUUGUUGUUUGCACAUUCCCAAGAAGUUGAAGUCACAAUCUUUUUUUGGGGGGCAGAUCUCCACCAAUUAUUUCAACUGCACAUAAGGAACUUUAACUCUGAAGACCCUGUGCUGUGACCAUCUGGUGCUUUUUUUCCACCCUUGUAGGAUACAUCUGGUAUGUUGUUAUUGUCAUCAAACCCCAUGAAAAUACUAACCAACAAUGGAUUAAUCCCUCCAACAAGUAUGAUCUGUUUAGCUAAAGCCUCACAGCUCAUUCCUUUGUACCAUAGAGCUCCAUUGUUCUCUCACCCUGGGUGACAUGUUCCAUCAUCCCAAUUAACAUUCCUGCCGAUGUAAGUAGUCACCAUAUGACCAAAUCUGCAUCUGAAAAUAGUUCCAAGCUAAAAUGCAAUUAACUAAAUAGUAAAGUUUGCUCUAAACAGACAUCAGUGCCUAGCUGUUUUAGGUAAUUAUUCAGCCUUUUUUAGAGAUAAUUCCUGACAUGUUUUUCAAGAUUUACAUCUUGGGUAGGAACCAAUGAGCUUGGUGCUACAGUAAGUUUGGUUUUGCUCUUUUCAUAGGAAUGGUAGACAAUAAGGAAAACGUAGCGUAUCUCCAACCGUAUCCUCUAACCCUCUGCAGCAGGUUCAGGUUUUGAAGCUAGAGUGAAGGUAUAGGUAUCAUAUGAAACUGGAAAAGCUAAGGAAUCCAUGUGUACCAUACUAGCUUGUCAGGAAGGAGGCUAAAUAACGCUCCAAAUAUCAGGUUAAAUUUUUGCGAGGAAGAACUGGCAUGGCCAUUUUCAAAGGGAUCCCUUGACCUCUGACCUCAAGAUAUGUGAAUGAAAAUGGGUUCUAUGGGUACCCACGAGUCUCCCCUUUACAGACAUGCCCACUUUAUGAUAAUCACAUGCAGUUUUUUGAAUGCAGUAUGAAUUGUGUUAUUAGUGUGUUUGAAUAUUUCUGCCCUAAACAGUCUUUGAAUUACAUAUAUUCUUUGAGCACAUUGAGCUCAUUCAUGUCCUCAAUGUGCAUCUUUAAUAAUCACAUUUUUCACCGCGUCUGAUACGUGUGCCAAGUUUAACAACUUUUUGAGCAUGUUAAGGCCCUCAAAAAGGGCGAUUCAUUUUAAGAAAAAGAAGAAGAAGAAGAAACACCACAGUUUCAGUAGGGCCUUCGCUGGCCCGACGUUGUCGGUGCUCGUGCCCUAAUUAUAGAAAAUAACCAAGGUUGUAAAAAUGAAUAACAAAUUCUCCGAAACAUUAAAAAGGAAAUGACUCAUAGCAGUAUAUGUCCCUGUGGUUAGACCAAUAUCUGAUAACAGUCAGUAAAUUUGUGGUUUGUACAUAGCCUAUAUAAUGUAGAUAGAGGCCAUUACUAGCAUGAUGAAUGUUAAUGCAGGAGGAAGUUAACGCCUGACUAACCUCAACCGCCGCCCCACUUCCCCAAACACAUAUGUUUGUUUUGGAUAUUGUCUCACACUGAAAGCUUCAUCUUUAUGAAUUUUCAUAAUCUCAAAUGUGUUUUCCGGUAGCAACUAGCUGAAUACAGUAAAGUAGGCCUAUAGAUAUCCUGCAUGACGCCUGUUAACGCCGUUUCAAUAUUAAUCACUGUAUGACUGUAUUACUGAAAUAUGUAUCACUUCCUGUGACACCUGAUAUUUAUGGAUUAAUGGAUGUUAAAUAGUAUAAUUUUAAA